AUGAUCCUUAAAGAAUAUCUCAUUGGUAUAUGCCUUGGCUGUAAGAAAUGUUUAUACUGUGGAGAUGAAUUAAUAAAGGUUGCAUACUCUCAGGUUUUUGCAUCUGAAUUAUUUUCCAAACAAUAUGAAUAUAUCAAAGAUAAUGUCACUCGUUUCAACUAUUCUUUGGAUCUUACUACAAAGUUCAACUUUACUCUUUGCUCUUCAUGUCACAGUUAUUUUCAAAGGCAGAGAAAAUCCAUUAUUACUAAGGACACUUCAAAUUCUUUAGAAAAUAAUAAAACAAAUGAUGAUUGUAUUAUCUUAGAUGAAUCUGAUGAUAAUACUAAGCAUGAAUUUGAAGUGGAUGAAAAAUCUGAAACUGAGCAAAUUACUAUAUCAUUUAAUUUGGUCAUAAAACCCUCAGCUGGCCCAUCAUUACCAUCGAAAUGGUUAGAAAUUGAGACUUUAUCAUUAGAUGAUAUACUUGCAGACAUUCACCAUUAUGUUAGAAAAUUAACCGGUAAUAGAGAAAUUAUGCAUUCUGAUUAUUCAGUAUCAUUUAAGCCAAAAAAAUCAGGAGGGGCUGGAGCGCAAUUAGAAGACAUAUAA